AUGACGCCUCCAAGAGGUCGUUCAUGGGUCGACGCUGUUAAAAACACCAUAGUGUCGUCAUCAAGGAGCGCUGGCAUUUCUUGCCGUGCCUCCUCUGUGACACCUAUAGGUGACGUGACCACUGCUAAACUAGCAGUGUCACUAGGGCAACCUUGGCCCUCUUUGGCAUUUGCACCGAGCGAAGUGAGGGGCCAUAGUAGGGCGGAGGACGGUCUGAGCGCAUUAGAGUCGCACAAGCGUCAUUUAGACGCUAUCUUGCAGACUCUGGGUGACGCUCAAUUAUACGUUAACUUGCAAAAGAGCGUAAUAGGGGUCCCCGAGAUACCUGUUCUGGGCUGCAUCGUAGGUACACAUGGUGUACGAGCAGACCCAGAAAAGGUAAAGGCUGUAAACAAGAAUUAUGCGGAGCAGGCCAAGCCAUUGUUUAACUUUUUAAAAGAGGAUGCAGAAUGGACUUGGUCUAAGAAGAAAGUAGAUGCGUUCACGUCAGUGAAGAAAUCUCUCGUAGAGGCACCGGUCUUGGCAUUGCCAGAAGGGGAAAAUCCCUUUAUUGUUUUCUGCGAUGCAAGCAAUUUUGCAAUCGGCAGCGCGCUCAUGCAGAAGGAUGACAACGGCAUUGACCGUGUCUUUUCUUAUCAGUAUCAGCUUUUGAAAGCCGCAGAGCUUAAUGGAUGGUGUCGUAUGCCAUGUGGCAAAGCUUUAGAGUGGGUUUACUCUGCGCUGAUGA